CGGAAGUGACGUGGUUGCCGCAGCAGAAGAACCGGAAGUGUUCUGAGUCGGUGACAGUCUGCAGAAAUGGAGGCCCCGGAGGUUAAACGCUCCGGUGAGGAGGGAGAGGAGGACUUCCAUGACUGUACCGAGGAGCUUGUGGGAGCUAGUGGGGUGUCUGAGGAGGAGGGAGAGGCGACCGUGCAGAAGGAGGAGGUGGUAGAAGUUUCUGGAAGUGAAUCGCGGGAUGGAGAAGCUGUGUGUGCCGAGGAGGAGGACGGGGCUGUACCAAGAGGAGAUGAUGUGGAGGUGGAUGAGAAUAUCCUGAUGGAGAUGGAGAAGGAUAUGACUGAGGAGGAGAGAGAGGAGAGGAGAAGCGAGAGCACUCGAUUGAAAGAAGAAGGAAAUGAGCUCUUCAAGGGAGGAGAUUAUAUCAAAGCUGAAGACAUUUACUCUCAGGCUCUUCAGAAGUGCCCGGCCUGUUACCAGAAAGAAAGAGCUAUUCUGUAUUCUAACCGAGCGGCUGCCAGACUGAAACAGGACAAGACAGAAUCUGCACUAACAGACUGUACAAAAGCAAUAGAAUUGAAUCCUGACUAUAUCCGGGCAUUGCUGCGGAGGGCCGAACUGUACGAGAAGACUGAUAAGCUCGAUGAGGCACUGGCAGAUUACAAAUCAGUCCUGGAAAAAGACUUGUCCUGUCGCCAAGCCAGAGAGGCCUGCAUGCGUUUGCCCAGGCAAAUCGAGGAAAGAAAUGAGAGAUUAAAGGAGGAAAUGAUAAGUAAAUUAAAGGAUUUAGGAAACCUUGUCCUCAAGCCUUUCGGACUUUCCACAAACAACUUCCAAGUCAACCAGGACGCUACGACCGGCUCAUAUUCAAUCAACUUUGUGCAAAAUAGUAACAAUAACAGAUGAUGAAUACGUGUUACAUGGUCAGGAUAGACUUGAGCCUCCUUGGCUGUCCCGGUCUGGAUACCUAGCUUUUUUUUUAAAUCUUUUUUUCCCAUCAAUUUUUUUGCUUUAUCAUUUCAUACCUGGCUGUGAUUUGGUGUAAGCAGCUGUUCAUGCUUUCAUACCCCAUUUGUCCAUCACACUUGUAUACCAGUGUUUUUAUUAUUGAGAACUGUUAUAUAAAUUAUUCAAGGGAGAAAAGAAUCCCUAUCGAUCUCUUCUACAGUGGAACCAAUAGAGAGCAAACAUUUGUCAGUGAGAUCUAGAAUGAAACCAACCAUUGCUUCCUAAUACAGUGCCUGAAAAUGCAAGUACUCAAAUGCAUUCUUCUUUAUCUAUGGUAAUGCUGUCAUUUUACCCUGUAGAUAGGGUGUCAUUUGUUUCUCUAAGCAAGGGGGAAAAAUUCACCUUUCAUUUUCUUUUUGGACAGAUCUUCUAUUACAACCCAGAGCUGCGUGCAUAAUUCUUCUGGUUGUUAUUAAAGACAAUGAACUUAUCAUCAGACAAUUCCCUAACAGCUUAGGCGGCUUUCACACUGCCAUUGCUCCCCGCCGAGAACGGCUAUCAGUCAUUUUUUUUCUGAGUUUAAAGGGUACCUUUCAU